AUGCAUACAACAGACUAUGGAUUUCUCACCGUCGGGCAACAGUUGUUAUCGCCCAACUCAACGGGACAUUCCUACGACCGCCGGCAUCCUCUUCAUAGAUGUUACUCUUAUGGCUGCAAGUCGGCCCCUACUGAACAGCAUGGAAAGGAGAACAGCCGAGAAUACGAGGAUGAGCAUUGGCUCUUCUCACCCAAGCCGCACCGAUUCCAUUUACGGCUGGCUACUUCCGGAGCCUGUUCCUAUUGCAAGACGCGUCGGACCCCCGAAGAUUGUAGAGAUCGGUCCCUUACGCCGGAACGUAGCGCGGGGGACGACUUGAUCUCUGUUUGGCUAUCCGGUGUUUCCUGCAUCGAUUGCCCUAACGAAGAGGCCAAUUUGACUGAUCCAAGUACACCGGCUACUCCUAAAGAUUCGGGAAAUAAACCUGAGACUGUGUCAAGUUUGACUUAUCCGAAGAUUGUUCUGCAGCCAGCCAGACGAGACUGCUCAACUGCACAGUCCGGAACCGGUUUAGAUGGCCCUCAAAGUUCAGAGAGCGACGAAAUUUCAAAACUACGAGAGGGGCUCAGCGAAUUGAAAGAGUCAAGUCAGAGCGCAGACCUAUCUAUGAGCUCUCAGAAGCUCGACUCGAAUACGUCCGGAUCUAUUGAAUGGAAUAAAAAUUGGGAAAAGAGAAAACCUCGUCGCAAACACGAUGUUUCAGAGGUGUCUGAUUCAAAUUUUAUCCGCCGUCCGCGUACUGCCGAUAUUCCUGCCAGGGGCAAUGACGUCAAUGCUACUAGCAGCGAUAGCGCCAGCGAGGGUGUAUCUGAUGACAAGUCAUGCGCCUACCCUUCACAACACGACGCUCAAUAUCACGCUAUCAAGAAAUUUGCUCUCAAUUCAUGCCCGGAACUUCAUCGACAACUAGAUGACUUCGACAAAUCUCUAGCGGGACCAAGAGAGAGGGAUCAUCAAGAACAGAUCGCCCAACUGCGCUCUGAGUUAGAAAAGGUUCGACAUCGACAUCAUUUCCAUGUGCGAAAUAUCAUUACAAGACGGUUCCAGUUUCUUACUCGAAGACCUCGGCGGUCUGGCUCCUCUACUUUUUCGGUCCAAUCUGAAAACCCAGCACGCCGGCGCCGGAAUAGCAAGGAACGUCGGCUUUUGGCCCGUGAAUCUGUAGAUGUAUGGCCGUCAUCAGGCGAAGAGAGUCCAUUGUUCAAUACUCCCGAAUCUAACAUAACUCAUGCUGAUACCCCCCGCGCCGCUGGACAUCAUUUCGAUCCGUUGGCUAUGGCAAGUAUGAUGAUCGCUACAGCAGAGUUGGACCGACUUUCUUUAAGAGCAAGCCUUGAACAUAACUCUAGAACAUCCGGAUCUUCAACUGGCUUCUCGGGAAGUAUGCCUAUUUCGCCUGAACCUCUAUAUAGUGGUGCUGGGAGUCUCAAUGAUGAGGCGUCGAUAUCAGAGCCAACAGCACUCUAUUCGCCUCCUACUAUACCGCAUAAUACCCCGACCCCACUGUCCAGGCCGCCACAUCGAAAAGGACAUAGGCGGAGGGCACAGAGGAGUCACUUGUCGGAAGUCACAACACCAGAAGAUAUUGCAUCCCCAGAAGAAUACACCGAAGAAUUCGAGAGCCGUAGCUCCGUCUCGUCUUCCCUGAUUGAGCCACUUCCUGAAUGUUCAGCUAUCCCAGAUGGUGGGCAUGAAGAUAACCUAUAUCCUAAACCAUUGUCAAUUAGCCGCAAUAGUCGAGAAGAAGCUAGACCGACAGACGAUACAAUAUCGGGAGAAACGCAAUAUGGACUUAUAGGGUUGAAUAGAGCAGGGACUAUCUCAGCUCCAGCUCGGGUAUCGUCGAUUGGAAAACCCCUUGAGUCUAUGUAUAGUCAAGAUGAGAUCUCUAGGGACGAUGGCCAAUCGCUGCCGACUAUGUCUUUUACGUCAGGGCAUGCCGUCGAAUCGCCAACUGAUUACCCUGACCCAAAGGCCUCGGAAAUUUCGAUGGGAACAUGCGAUGACCAAAGACAAACGCUAGAUUCCGACGUCCCACAAGCGGCUACCGCAAGUGCGUUCAAUGAAGGCAGAGGUCCCGAAUCUUGUCAUCCGGAUACCUGGUCAGAAUCUCAAGGCGAGCCAGGGGACUCCGAUCCGUUCUGCCCUUCCGAUUGCCUCGAAAUUAGACGCAGCAUUCAUGACGGCGAUUCGCGACCAUUAGGACUUGUCAGGAGGGAGACUAGCGAGACUGUUUGUAAGGUAGAUGUCGUCAAAGAGGAAACAGGACAGCACAGGGACUAG